CAUCUCAUCACUAUUGCAUGAAAAAUGGUUCAACCAAUCUUCGAUAAUGGUUCUGUUCAAAAUCUUCACAGCCGAGUUUGGGCUACUUCUAGCAAGACGUCGGCUCUCAAGCAGGACCUGUACACCACUGCUGGUCACCGAAGGGAAUACAUCCUCAACGCACUAGAGCUUGCUAUCGGAGCAAAGCUGUUCAAAAUCGCACUUUACAUCCACGGAGAUUACGACACGUCGAAACACGACUCCGACGAACAAACCAGCCUUUUUACUCAGCUAAACGACGCAUUUAGUAGGGCUGUGGAUCUGGCUGAUGCUUCGCAUGGAUACCUGAGGCAAAUCAAGUUCCAGGUUCAAGCCAUCAAAGCAGAGGUUGUCGAGUCACUAUCUGUCGAAAUCUCACAAACGACUACCAGUUUAGAUCACGCCGUCCAGGACACUGCGCGACAGAUGGCAGAAGCCGAGCAAGCAAUUCAUGAAAAUGCGCAGGCGAUAACACAGUGCGAGAAGGCUCUCCAACAACAUGCCAUCAACGAUAUGCCCGCACCUGGCAAUCCAGGCUUCGAGAUACUAUAUCCCUGGAUCGCCGGCCAGCCGCAGAAGAACCAAGAAUCUGCACAACGAGCGCAGGAAGCGCUUUCGAAAGCGCGCAUCCGUUCUGCAGAGCUCGCGCGCCAUACGGCAGAAGCCCAGAUGCGCAAUGUCGCCCUGCAAGCCCACAUGUCCAUCUUCGCUCAGAUACGCGCGGAAAUGCUCCCGUUGCAGGAAUCCGUUACGGCGCUAUCCAGUCAGUCUAGCAUCAUGCUCGAGUCGAUGCACCAGCUCCAAGAGAAGAUCGUGCAGAUGAGUCGUCAGGCGGGCGAGAUGGCUGUGCAUGUAUCUCGGGAUGGUGGUGUUGCGGGCGAGAAGGCUGGUUUCACCGCUGGGAUUUUGCAGCUCUGCGCGGCUGCUUUGGUAGACGCACGUCUUACGGAUGAGGUUCAGAUGGUGGUGGAUGAGCUUGUUAAGGGCUACGAAGGAGGGGAACUUGGUGAAGAGUUGGAAACACAAGUAAAGCGUGUGCAAGACUCACUGGAGCUGUGGGCCGCGAAGUGAGUUGACGGCUUGGCUUCGGUGUAUUUACAAGUGCAUGGUUUGGUGUAGGGGAG